UCUUCGCGGAGGUACUUAAGGAGGACGCGCUGCUGCCGGAUGGGAGAGAUUAGUGAAGCUGGCCCUGAGAGAAACCCUGAGAGGAGCCCUGCCUGAGUGAAGCUGAAGAAAUGCACGUGUCUGUAUCCGUGUUGCUCGUGCACUCGUGGCCGCUGCUGCUGCUGCUGCAGGUUUGGCUGAGUGGAGCUGGGGCAUGGGGAGCCCUGAAGAACGAUGCCACAGAGCUCCUGGAGGAGUACACCGAGGAUACCCCACAUCCAGAGCAGCAGAGGCAGCCCCUCAACAGCAGCAACACCAACACCAACAACAUGAACCAGGCGAAGAACGGGGGCAGGAGGUCGUCAGCUAACAGCCCCACUUACGGAGCCUCAGAGCUGAGCUGUCGUGAACUGCGCUCCACCCGCUACAUCACCGACGGCUCCUGCCGCAGUGCCAAGCCAGUGAAGGAGCUGGUGUGUUCGGGCCAGUGUCUGCCUGCUCACCUAAUGCCCAACUCCAUCCUCCGGAGCAAGUGGUGGCGCAGCAACGCAUCUGACUACCGCUGCAUUCCGGCCCAUUCCCGCACCCAGCGCGUCCAGCUGCAGUGCCCAAGCGGCCAGAACAGGACCUACAAAAUCCGAGUGGUGACCUCUUGCAAGUGCAAACGCUACACCCGGCACCACAAUCUGUCGGACGCCAAGGAACCUUCCCAAAAAACACGGCGCAACAAGAAGCACACACGUGUCCAGCAGACACGAGGCCGGAGCAGAGAGCCGACUAUCAGCAGCAACUCCUACUGAAGAAGAGAAGGAGGAGGUUUUCUUUGUAUACAUGCACUCUCACUCUCACACAUACUCACAAACAUUACUGCAUACUGCCCAAACGCCAGUGCUCAAGUUCGAGGGAAAGAAAGUUGAAGAUAUCUAUUAAAAAAGGAUUAUUUUUAUGGAGUUAAAUGCCAUUUUCAGCAGCGGCUGAAGCUAUCUUACAUUCAUUUUUCACGUCUCCAGCGUGUUUAAAAAAAACGCCUCACCGUUUGCCUGACCCUUUCACAAUGAAUAAUUCCAAAGAAAACAGAUGUUUGAUUACCAAAUUCCUGAGGACUUUAUCGGACUUUUGCUUGAAAGGAGGUACGCUGUUGUGGGAGAUUACUCUAGAAAACCCGGUAGUUGGCGUAGUUCCUGUGGAGGGCCUCUCUGACCCAAUCCAACAAUCAGUUCACUUUCCUGAAGUUCAUUAAAAGGUUAGCUGAGAUGAACAUUGACACUGAAGUUAACCGCCAUAAGCAUGACCGAAUCCACCACCAGCAGUGCUCCGAACUUGUGGCCGAGGUGAAUGUUUGCAUAACUGAAAUGAAGUCAUCACAUUUGGGGCAUGGUGUAGCUGCGUACGGUCCAGCUGCCCAGGGCUGCCGGACCCAAGGGAUGACUGGCCGAUGACACGUUGCUGAGAUCCAGCAUUUCCAACCCUGGAGCUCCUUUGACAGGCUGGGAAUAUUAAGCCAGCCACCAGAAUUCCCACAGCCUUUACCUUUCCAGAAGUAGCCUUAUAGGAGCUGUCAGCUGAAGCCAGCCCACUGUCAGUGAUGGAGAGUGGGAACAGUUAUGUCAGCACUCCAUGAUCAUGACUCCCCUAGGGCCCAGAGCACUAAUUCCACUGACCCAACUUGUCCCAAUUACUAAAGAGUCCCAUUCCUGUGUUUAGGACUUGGGCCAUAAAAAGCCAUUUCCUCUAGACGUGGUCAGUUCCUGUUUGUCUGAAUAGCAGAAAAAGGGGCCCACAUGUGUGUAGGAAUCUGGAACAAUUGGGCCUGUUCAUACCUAAAAGACUUUUCUGGAAACCAUUGUAGUUUUAUUGGUCAGUUGCAGUAACAGGGUGGUUGGUGUUAUCGAUGAUCUAAGUCCGAUAAUAAUGAGCCUUAAAUGGAAGCACUGUACAGAAUGUAAAAUUGUGUAAAGUUGUGCUUGUACAUCUUAGCUAAAAGUCAUGUAAAAGUCAUGUUUGCCUCGCCAUUAUGAAAUGUUUCACUUAUAUAUAUAUAUCACAGCGUGUACAGUAUAUAAGCAAAGAAGGUAUUUAGUGGAAGGUGUCUGAUACUAAAAUCAAAUGUGGUUGAGGAAUGGCUGCUCUGCAAACCCGCCCUCUUUCCAUAACUUCCUUCAGUAAAAAUGUGAAACGUGAAAAGUGGCAUGCAUGUAGAGACUGGACUCGCCAAAAACAAGAAACCAUUCCCUAAACAUCCUUCUGCCUUUUUUUUCACAACCCUGCUUAAGCUAUGAGACUAGACAAAAUGAAAUACUGAAUUGAAGUGAAUGUGGGUGUAUGUUGAUAUUAUGCCGGAUGUACAGUAGAACCAGUCUGGAACCAAGUCUUUUUUUAUUUGUCUCGAUAUCCAGCGCGCCUGCCUCCAGUCCAUGACUGAAUGAAAAAUAUUUUGCUUACUUCCACACAUUGUUCAACACCACCGUUUUCUCCCCAUUAUGUUUUCUCCCCAUCUCUGCUUUCUAAACAGUACUGACUGUGUUUGCUUCUUUUUCAAUUGUGUGUUUGAAUUAGAAACUGGAAGGGAUUUCUUUUUUCAUGUUUUCACGUUUUUAUCAUGUAAGCAGAAUCACCAUGUAUAGCCUGACUGUAUAUACUGAACCUGCUUGGUCUCAUGAAGCGUAAAGCCCUCCAAAUGACUGAACUGCUCAAUGGAGGGACCCACGCCCUCUCCGGCUUGGAGAGGGACUCGUACAAAGAACGAACUGCAUAUUUAUUUUUUAAUGUCAACAUUUAAAUUAUUUAUGCAACCUUUUUUGUAGAAAAUAGCCAUUAUUGUACUAUAUGAAAUAAUAGUGAAUUUCCUAACAAAAAGAGAAUAAAGUAAAGCAAAGUAUAUGAGAAA